AGGUGUCAAAAAUCAAUGAAUUUGCUCCAAGGGAAGCUGCGAGGCGGCGGCAAGCCAUUGAGACACUACUUCGGAGGCAAGCUCAAGAUGACCGGUUCUAACGAGUUCAAGCUGAACCAGCCGCCCGAGGACGGCAUCUCCUCGGUGAAGUUCAGCCCCAACACCUCCCAGUUCCUGCUGGUCUCGUCCUGGGACACGUCCGUGCGCCUCUACGAUGUGCCGGCCAACUCGAUGCGGCUCAAGUACCAGCACACCGGCGCCGUCCUGGACUGCGCCUUCUACGAUCCAACGCAUGCCUGGAGUGGGGGAUUAGGUCAUCAGUUGAAAAUGCAUGAUUUGAACACUGAUCAAGGAAAUCUUGUUGGAACCCAUGAUGCCCCUAUCAGAUGUGUUGAAUACUGUCCAGAAGUGAAUGUGAUGGUUACUGGAAGUUGGGAUCAAACAGUUAAAUUGUGGGAUCCCAGAACUCCUUGCAAUGCUGGGACCUUCUCUCAGCCUGAAAAGGUGUAUACCCUCUCAGUGUCUGGAGACCGGCUGAUUGUAGGUACAGCGGGCCGCAGAGUGUUGGUGUGGGAUUUACGGAACAUGGGCUAUGUGCAGCAGCGCAGGGAGUCCAGUCUGAAAUACCAGACUCGCUGCAUAAGAGCAUUUCCUAACAAGCAGGGCUAUGUAUUAAGCUCUAUUGAAGGCCGGGUGGCAGUUGAGUACUUGGACCCAAGCCCUGAGGUACAGAAGAAGAAGUAUGCUUUCAAAUGUCACAGACUAAAAGAAAAUAAUAUUGAGCAGAUUUACCCAGUCAAUGCCAUUUCAUUUCACAAUAUCCACAAUACAUUUGCCACAGGUGGUUCUGAUGGAUUUGUAAAUAUUUGGGAUCCAUUUAAUAAAAAACGACUGUGCCAGUUCCAUCGGUACCCUACCAGCAUCGCAUCACUUGCCUUCAGCAAUGAUGGGACUACACUUGCAAUAGCAUCAUCAUAUAUGUAUGAAAUGGAUGACACGGAACAUCCUGAAGAUGGUAUCUUCAUUCGCCAAGUGACAGAUGCAGAAACAAAACCCAAGUCCACCUAAUCAUCUCGUGAAAAUGGUUUCUCUAUGGAAAGCUUUGUUUGCUUCCUACAAAUACAUGCUUAUCCCCUAAGGGAUGUGUUAUAGUCAUUGUGGACAUGUUAUUUAGUAUGUGGAUUUGUUUUUUGUCUUACAAGAAAUUUGCCUGUUUAUUUUUUAAUAGAUUGUUUAGGAUGAGGAGUCUGCGUCCUUACGCAGUACUGUGAAGAAUUCCUCCCAUCUUCCCCCAAGUAAGCCCAGUUGCUGUUUAUGAGCAGUUCGUUUUUUUGUAGUAUAAUCUAAACCUGUUAUUUCCCUGCUGUAUAAUAAAUCAGAUUCGGAACACUUAAA